AUGUCGACUGAUAAGAUCACUUUCCUCACCAACUGGCACGCUACGCCUUACCACGCGCCGCUGUACCUUGCUCAGGCUAAGGGAUACUUUAAGGAGGAGGGAAUCAAGGUUGCUCUUCUUGAGCCCAACGAUCCUAGUGAUGUCACUGAGAUCAUUGGUACUGGCAAGGUCGACCUUGGCUUCAAGGCCAUGAUUCACACUCUGGCUGCCAAGGCUCGAAACUUCCCCGUCCAGUCCAUCGGUAGUCUUCUCGACGAGCCAUUCACUGGCGUCGUCUACCUCAAGGACUCUGGUAUCACCACCGACUUCCGCACCCUCAAGGGCAAGCGCAUCGGCUAUGUCGGUGAAUUUGGCAAGAUCCAGAUCGACGAGCUCACCUCGCACUACGGCAUGACUCCUGAUGACUACACCGCCGUGCGCUGUGGUAUGAACGUCUCCAAGGCCAUCAUCAAGGGCGAGAUCGACGCCGGUAUCGGUCUGGAGAACGUCCAGAUGGUUGAGCUCGAGGAGUGGCUCUCUGCCCAGGGCCGUCCCAAGGAUGAUGUUCAGAUGCUUCGCAUCGACGAGCUCGCUGAGCUUGGCUGCUGCUGCUUCUGCACCAUCCUCUACAUCGGCAACGAGAAGUUCCUCGCCGAGAACCCGGAGAAGGUCCGCUCGUUCCUCCGCGCCGUCAAGAAGGCCACCGACUUUGUCCUCGCCGAGCCCGAGAAGGCCUGGGCCGAGUACGUCGACUUCAAGCCCGUCAUGGGAACCGCGCUCAACCGCAAGAUCUUCGAGCGCAGCUUUGCCUACUUCAGCAAGGAUCUCAAGAACGUCAAGCGUGACUGGGAGAAGGUCACCAAGUACGGCAAGCGUCUUGGUGUCCUGGACGAGAGCUUUGAGCCCAACUACACCAACUCGUACCUCGAGUGGACUCUUUCUGGGGAGUCUAGCGACCCUACUGGGGACCAGAAGCGUAUUGCUCAGCUCCAGAAGGAUGUCGCUGCUUCUGGUGGCUUUCACCGUCUUCAGGCUGAGGUCAAGGCUUGA